AUGACGUCAAGAUUAACAAAUGAUGAAUGGAAAAGAAGGCUACCUUCAGACGUUUAUCGCGUUACGCGUGAAAAGGGUACGGAAGAGCCUUUUUCAGGCAAAUAUAACAAACAUUUUGAAAACGGACGUUAUAAAUGUGUUUGCUGUGGUGCCUUGCUAUUUGAGUCGAAGGACAAGUUUGAUAGCGUCUGCGGGUGGCCAUCUUUCUCUCGUGUUUCAGGCUCCUCGCCCUCCGGUGACGACGCCGGCACAAAUGUUGAACGGCGUUCGGAUACUUCUUUAGGUUUGCUGCGCGUUGAAGUCGUCUGUAAGUUGUGUGAUGCGCAUUUGGGGCAUGUAUUUGAAGAUGGACCUGAGCCUACAAAUCUAAGGUAUUGCAUAAACAGUGCAUCUAUAUCCUUUGAACCUGAUGGAUAA